UCUCUCUCUCUGCCUCUCCCUGUUCCCACGAUCAAAUGAGGGCAACACGUCUGGAUGGUUACGGCAUAUCGGUGCAGUGUGGUGAGCAUCCGGCAGACGUUUCGUCAGUUUCGGGUCUUCACAGAGAUAGACUAGCACCCUCGCCUGGUGCCCUGCCCAGCUGAGCUCGGCGCGGCCGCGAUGUUCGCCUUCGUGCCCACGGCGAGGAACGAGUCCUACAUGCGCGCUGGGGAGGUCCCCUACAGCGACAUCAAGCCCGACACUUUGGUAUGGGUGGACGCGGAGGUCUUCGAGCCCGGCGGGGGCCCCGGCGCCGAGGGCGGCGGCCCGGGGCCCCAGAGGACCUUCUGGGUCGUGUCGGGGGGCCUCGCCGUGCGGCAGGAGGCCCCGACCAGCGUGCGCUUCCUGGUGGACACCGGCACCAGCACGGUGCUGCUGGCCCCGCCCGCGGGACCGACCGAGGCCUCUUCGGAGUCGGGCGGCUGGCUGGGCGAGCUCGUGGCCCUGUGGCUUCACGUGCUGAUCGCUUUGGUGCAGGCGGUGGUGCUCCUGGGAUAUUCUUGCCUGAAGAACGUGUGCUCUUGGCGACUACCAGGCCGCCGAUCUCCGGCCGCCAUCGACAAUGGUCGCCCCGCCGGACUGGAUGCGGGGCUGCUAUACGGGUUCAGGCGACGCUUGACUGUGAAUGAGGAGACCGCAAUCAUGGCGGCGGUGAUUCAGGUGGCCGACGAGACUUACCUGGCUCGGGAGACCGCUGGAGGCCGCGCUGCUGUGUUGCCUGCUGGGGGCGCGCUGCGGGCUUUCGACUUCGGGCUGCGCGGCGCGGGAGCUGGGCAGCAACUGGUCGGUGCCGACGGUGGCGUUGCUGGAGGCAGCGCUGAAGGUGCGGCCGCUCUGGUGGGCGUGGGGCCCGCGCGGGGACCUGGUCUUGGGGUCGCUGCUGGUGGUGCGGCCGCUGCUCAACCCGUGGGCGCUGGGGCGCCUGGGCAGGCAGCGGCGGCCCCUGGGGCGGUCGCGGGCCUAGGUCCAUUCGCGGCUCCUGCUGCUCCAGAGUGGGUGAUGACGGAGACGACCGCCGCGGGAGAUCGCGGAACGGUUGUGGCCCUGAAUGGGACGGAGCGACUCGGUGGCGACGUCGGGAUCAUGAGGACCGACAAGGGCUGGAUCGGAAUCCGACGGGUGUCGCUCAGCCUGGCGCUCUACGCUGGCGCUGAGGCUGGACUUGACGCCAGGCUCCUUGGUAUCGCACUGCAGUCAGAUGGCCAUCGCACUCGGAUCCAGUUUCGGGACGCUGUCGCCAAGUUCGAGCAGACGCUCGACAUGGUGAAUGAGAUAGUUGUGACUCUCAACGACAUGUACCUGGGUGGAAGUGGACAUGACGACCUUCCGCGUCGUGCCGCUGGUGAGCCGCUGCUUGCUGUCCAUGCCGAGGUACACCGGGAGCUGGAAGAUGCGGUUCGCCGCUUCGGAGAGCCGCCGAUGGACCUCGACGGCCCAGGAGCCCUUGCGGAGCUUCGGGUGUCUCAGGCGUACCACGGGGAGGCCGUGGCCAUCGCCCCGGUUGGCUUCGACAACGUCGACCGCAUUUCUCUGCCUGCUGCUACGACUUCUCCACAGACGCUAGAGCAUUUGGCUGGUGAUGUGGGCCGGGUGAUCGCCAAACGUUUACAAGAUUUGUUGCUACCCCGAGAACAGGGGUUGGACCGCAUCCGUACUGAGGGACCACGUCGGCUAUACGUUGAUCCCAACCUUCGUAACCCUAAGCUGUAUCAGCGAGUGCUUCGACGGCUGGUGGACUCUAACCUGGUGAGUUUCCAGCUGGACUGCGAGUGCUCGGUCGGGCUCUUUUUCGUUCACAAGAAAAAUGGCGAUCUGAGGAUGAUCUUAGAUGGCCGCUACUCGUCACUGCGCUUCGGCGAGGCCGACAAAGUUGAGUUAGCCUCAGGCGGUGCUUUCAGCCAGAUCGCCGUAGACGGGGAUGACCCAAUCGCAGUGGCGGGCGUAGACAUCGCGGAUGCUUUCUACAACAUCCUGUUGCCUCCAUGGUUGCAAAAAUACUUCGGCCUCCCGCCCGUCAGAGCAGGCGACUUCAAUCUCUCUCACGUUGGCGAGGGUACCCCCGUUCAUCCUUCGCAAAAGGAGAUCUUGAGGCAAGACCGCUGUACUGGGGACACGCUCCGGAGGGUCAUAUCGCACUACACCUCUCGGGGCCUCAUCAGGCGAGGCGACGUGAGAGUCGCGCAGGAGGCAGCGAGGGAGGCAAAGCGGCGGCGGCGAGAGGCACGAGAGGCAGAGGCGCAGCGUGCUCGUGGAGUGUCCGUGCCGCCCGUCGUCGCUGGAGACAUGUGCAGCCGCCCCGUGCCGUUCACCAGCCACCCGCUGCUAGCGCACAUCGGCGGUCUCAGUUCUGAUCCUGAGGUGCAGCGAUUUCGAGAUGCCUUGCCUGGGCCGUCAGAUGUUGCGACUGCGUUGUACGACCCUGCUUCUCGGCCGCUGGCCUUCGCCACGGCAUCUUUGCAGUGCGAGAGAACUGGAGUAUCGUUGGAGACCUUCCACAAGCAUUCUGUGCAUUUGAAUUGCAUGGUCUGGCUCCACGACCGUCUUUACCGUAAGAUGUUGGUUGAAUCGUGUUGUCGGUCAUCAGUCGCCAAGGCGCUCCACGUGAUCGAUUAUGUAGCUUAUGACGAGACGCCCCUCCGCUUGCGCCAAGUUGAUCGCACUGCGGAGUUCGCCUUGCCCGACUCCUUCCUGAAGCUGCUUCCGUCUUCGCAGACAUCGGUGCCAACGAAGAUUAUGCAAACGCAGCGUCAUUGGGGCAUCUUGAUCAGCAAGGAGGUUCGUGGUGUCACCAAAUAUCUCAUGCUCUACGGGCGAACGCCCUCGGCGGACGAGAUCGUGAUCUUCAUACCGCCUGGCGUCGAAUGCGACAAGGAGGUGCUGAAAGAGAAGAUGCUCGGGCAGCUCGCGAAGCGGUUCGGCAAGACCCUGAUCGAGACCGAGACAGACGUUUUCUUCAACGUGAUUUCUCGGUGUUAG